AUGCCAUCUUUGCUGCGCACUAACUAUGCGCUCAUGAUGUUCUACGUGCGGGAAAAGCUGUGGCGCCACGCGGAGCUAGUUUGCACUGACACUAUCAAGUCAACGGACAGUUGGCUUUUUCGUGUGUGGCGCGCGCUUUGCUACGAUCAGCAGGGCCAACCGAACGAGGCGUUACGCGAGUACAAGGCGGCAGAGCAGCGGCGCGACACCGCCGUCCCCGCGCUGAUGGGCAUCUUGCUCAUCUACCGGAGGAACAAAGACGCGGAGGGUCUUGCCGCAGUAGAACGGGAACUCGCCGACACCCGCCGCGCCGAGGAUGUGGACGGGUGGGUGCAGGCUGCUGCACUCGCAUGGGCUGCCGGUGAUGUGAGCGGCGCCCGCGACAUCUUGCUGCGGUUCCAGGAUGGCUACGACGAGCACCGCGACGAGUGCACGAACCUCGCGACGGUACGGGCGUGGGUGGACCUCAGCACCGGCCGCGGCGCGUUCCUCGAAAAGUGCGGUGCCCUCUUCCGCAAAGUCAUGGAGGCGGAAGAACAAGACGGGCAGAUGAACCUUGACGCCACAAUGGGCCGAGUCGCGUUCUUUGAGCGCAAGUACCAGUUCUACCCCGCGCAACAGCUGCUAAACAAACUUGUCGUCAGCUACCCGAACUUCACGCCGGCCCUCAUUGUCAAGGCGCGGCACCUCAUGAAAGCGGAGGAUUGGGACCAGUGCUGGGAGACAACAAAGCGCAUCCUCGCCAAGGAUAAGACGAACAUAGAAGCUUUGGCGCUCAAUACGCUGUUCCUGCUGGUAAAGGACGCCCGCUACGAAGCUGCUGCAGGGCAGCUGCCACGUCUUCUUGAAGCCCUGCAAGAGAAGGAGCCAAAAAACGCUCAACUCUUCUUUGAGUACGCACAAUGCUUCUCACGCCUUGGCGGCACACACCUCACGCUGCUGGGUGUCACGAUGCAGUUUGCAGAGGCCGCCCACCGCAUGGCCCCGCAGAAGGGUGACUACCUCGCCGAGGUCGGUUACCAGCAGAUGCUUCGUGGCGAGUACAAGGCGGCCAUCGCGACCUUCAAGAAAGCUUCUUCAGCGUCAGACAGCAGCAUGACCCCGCUCUUGGGCCUCAUCCGCUGCCUCAUUCUCACUGGCAGCCUCGACGAGGCGGCGCAGCAGAUAGAGUUCCCAAAUGAAAUCCAAGCGUCUAAUCAGCGCAAUGCAGAGUUAAGUCUUCUUAACGCUAUACUGCAGUGGCGGCGUCAGAGGAAUCAGGCCAAGACUCUUCUAUACCUUGACCAAGCGGCCGAGGCCAUUAAGCACGAUGUGGCCGCGCACCCGACUGGCAUGGAAUUGUACAUCAGACUCAAUCCACCGUUGAUGUUGGAUGUGGCAAAGGAGUAUAUGCAGCACUGCCGUACAGAGCCACCAGACCCGACACUGCACAAGGCGGACCCAGUGGCGGAGAAGUGCAAGCGGCACCUUGAGCUGCUGCUUCGCCACUUUCCCGGUUGCCUAGAAGCUCAACUUUAUAUCUCCAAGAUAUAUUUUGUUGCUGGUGACCUCAAUAAGGCACAGACGAUGAUCACGACAAGCAUUCGUCAUGAGCACACAUUACCAGAGGCGUUUCUCCUUUCUGCACAGAUUUGCCAGUAUGUUGGUAAUAUACAACUGGCCAACCAGGCGUUAGAACAGGCGCUGACGCUUGACUUUGAAGUGAAGGAUCAACCACAGUACAACUUGCUUAAUGGUAUUGUACUUGGGAUGAUGAACAAGCACCAACAAGCACUAGAGGCAUUACAGUUGGCAUUAAAGCUCACCAAGGAUAAGUUGCGGGUCACCAGCAAAGGUCGCCCCUUACAGCUUUUAAGUGCACAAGAACACGUGAGCCUGUACCUACAGCUGGCGCAGACACAUCUCAAGUUGCACGAUGCAGAGGAGGCGCGUGCGACAAUUGCAGAAGCGACCGCUCUUUUCAAAGACACGACACAAGCGGGACGUGUGUCGAUUGCGAGUGCGAUGAUUGCCGCCCGUACCGAUGUGGAUAAGGCCAUUGAGAUACUUAAGCAUGUGCCGCCACGCAGUGAGUUCUUCAUCGCCGCCAAAAUACGCAUGGCCAACCUCUAUCUCGCACACCGGCAGAAUCGUCGCAUGUACGCCGACUGCUUUGAGCAGCUUGUGGAAGAGGUGCCGACGCCGCAAAGCUAUCUUGAGCUGGGUGAAGCGUACACCAACAUCCAGGAGCCGGAGAAGGCUAUUGCCGCCUACGAGAAGGCCAAGGCGAUGGACCCAAAUAACGGCGAGCUGGCUGUGCGCAUCGGCCGCGCUCUUGUGUCGACGCAUGACUACCAGCGCGCCAUCCGCUACUAUCGUGACGCCGUCGCGGCGGACGGCACGAAGUUCGCCGUGCGCGCCGAUCUCGCGACACUGUACUGGCACCUCGGUGCUGCAGACCGCGCUAUAGCGGCGCUGGCGGAGGCGCCGGCAUACCAGAGCGAGCCAGACACUGCGGAGGGAAUUGAGCGUGCCAUUGAGCGCGUCAACUGCGCGCUGCUCAUGUGCAAGAUUCACCGCGGCUACCAGAAGCCGGAACUCGCGGCGGAGGCGCUGCUUCGGGCGCGCGGAUUUCAGGAGCAUGUGCUGCACCACAUGAUGCGCAACGAGACGCGCGAGACACUGUACCAGCAGAAGAUGGUUGCAGCAACGAUUGCCCUUGAGCUUGGCAACUACUACGCUUCGGUUGGCGACGUGCAACGGGCGAAGGAGUGCUACCAAGAGGCACGUGGGUACGACGAGACUAGCGAGGCGGUGUUGCUGGCGACGGCGCGGCUGCUUCUCAAUAGCGGCGAUGUCAACGCGUGCGAAGAGCAGUGCAACGCCGUCCUCCGCAUCAACCCGUCGUGCGAAGAGGCUGUAGUGAUCCUUGCUGACCUUAUGAUCCGUCGCCAUCGCUUCGACGAUGCGGCACAUCACUUCAGUCAGCUGCUGGAAAGAACUCCGGACAACUAUGACGCACUGGUGCAGUACGUGCGCCUGCUGCGUCACGCUGGGCGGCUUAACGACGCCGACAAGGCUUUGGAGCGGGCAGAGAGUCUUGUGCCAUCUGGCCAGCGCCCGCCCCCUGGCCUCAGCUUCUCGCGCGGGUUGUACCAUCGCUACUGCCAUGAAAACACAGAGGCGCUACGCGCAUUUAAUGCCGCUCGGCUACCAGCAGACGAUACGCCAUGGAGCGUUCCAGCUCUGGUGAACAUGAUUGAGAUGUACCUCGUUCCGACAAAUGAGGAGAUAUGGGUUGACACACAACUUCGGGAAGACGACAAGAGUGAGAACAUCAAGAUCGCUGAGCGGCUCUUGCUACAGAUGCCACAGGGUGAGACACGGGACAUCCUGCAGGGGUACUGCUGGUUGGCGAGCAAGAAGCGACCUUUGGUGGAGCGUGCAGUGAAGGAGUUUAUACGCAUCUGCGCUUCUACUGAGGUGGUGGAGCCGCAAAAAAAGCAGCCGGUCACCAAGGAGGAGAAUACGGAAGAAGGUGAAAAAAAGGAUGAAGAUGAUAAGCUGCUGAAUGACAUGGAAAAUUCAUCUGUGCCUUAUUUAGGUAAAAUGAAUGUGCCUGCCCAUGUCGGGCUCGCCAUCGCUUACUACAUCGAUGGCCUAGAGAAGAAGGCGGCCGCGGAGCUAAAGUCAAUUGUUCUGCUGCCGUUUGAUCCCGACACGAGCGACGCUGUGCACCGCGCCCGCCUACUUAGUGCCUAUAUGGACAUCCGCAAGAAAGACUUAAAAAUGGCAAAGUUAAUGUUGCAAAAGUCUAUAGAGGUGAACAAGAGCUGCGCCCAGACAUGGCUUAUGCUGGGUUCUGUUCAUGAGACGGAGAAAAACUACCCCGAAGCUGCCAACUGCUACGAAAAUGCGUGGAACCUCGCAAAGGAGCGCGACCCUUCCGUUGGAUACAAGCUGGCGUUCCACCAGAUGAAGUCGAGGAAACUGGUGCCAGCGAUCGACGUCUGCCGAAAAGUGCUGGAAGCACACCCCAAUUAUCCCAAGAUAAAUGAGGUGGUGGACGUGUGCCGCAGUCUGCUUCGGCCUUGA